GAGUUUUCUUGGGGGUCUUUUUUUUUUUUUUUUUUUUUUUUUUUGCUUACGACGCCCGCCGCUUGCAUGGCCGGCGAUGAUGAUGAUGGAUACCUCGGUGGGAUUGGGAAUGGUGCAGUCGACAGCCGCCUUACUGUACGCGGCUGGGAGAUGAGACGUUAAUAAAUCAUGUUCACUAAUCUGCUGCUGCCGUCUGCGCUUGCGUGGGCAUCGUCACUGCUGAUUUCGUGUGCGUGUGUGGGUAGAAGCAGAAGUAGGGGUGGAGGUGGAGGUGAAGGUUUGGACUUGAUACUCGUCGUUUUUUUUUACUAUGCACUGCUACCGCGUACUACUCACCACCGCGCAGUCCCUCGAAGCAAAUGCAGACCCCGAUGUGGUGUUCGCGGUUAUUCGCGGACGCGACGCUCAACGCUCCGUCUGUGCAGCCCGGGCAGAAACGCUGGCCACCUACGUGGACCCUCAUCGCGCCCUUGCUCUCCUCGUCCAUCGCCCGCCUCCCCCAGAGCAGGACGGCGUCCUUGCUCCUCUACCACGGCGCAUGUGUCUGCCGCCUCAAGGCGAACUUGCAGUCUCUCUCUCCUCGCCUGUAUCUCGGCCCUCCGUGCUGAGGAUCCAGCGAGGUAUCACCAGGCUCCUACGAACAACAUGGUAGUACCAGCGACGGCAGCUGGUCGAUUUUUCGGUACAGCUUCUCUCCAUCUACAGCAACGCUCGUGCUGUUCGGCCACCUACGCUAUCACCACGGAUUCAUCGUGCCCCACACACCGGCCAGAAAUGGCGCGCUUCACCAUACAAACGACAGUAUCAUGGCCCGCGAUUAGACAGUGGUAGACUGCUUACAGAACAGUAACGCAACGUGAUCCACCAACUUGUAGCACUAGAAA